GUUUGUUGAUAUCAGCUUGUUUUUAGGUAGAAGUAGACGAGUUUCGUUUGUGGCUACGUUGACAUCUUUUUUCGGUUUGUAGAGUGCAAUAUUAAAUUUAAAUAUACUGAAAUUUGUUUUGAAAAUGGUUGGAGUUUUGCAGACGGAGACAUAUCUCUAUGAUCCGGAUUUGUUACUAAAGUUGGAUUUCCACCAAAGCCCAGCCAAGUUCAAUCCAUUUAUUUCGGCAGCAUGUCCUGGUGAGACUUGGUUGAAGGUCAGGCCCUUGAAAGAUGGUGAUUAUGAUCGCGGCUUCCUGCAAUUGUUGUCGCAAUUAACACAUGUUGGACCAGUUUCAAGGACACUGUUUUUGACCCGCUUUUCCCAAAUGAAAGCCAGUGGCGAUUACUUUGUUACUGUAAUUGAGGAUACGCGCAAAAAUGAGAUUAUUGGUGCCGCUUCAUUAGUUAUUGAACGUAAAUUCAUUCACAAUUGUGCUAUUCGUGGGCGUUUGGAAGAUGUGGUUGUUAAUGACACCUAUCGCGGCAAACAAUUGGGAAAACUAAUUGUUGUAACCGUUUCACUGUUGGCCCAAUAUUUGGGUUGCUACAAAAUGUCGUUGGAUUGCAAGGAUAAACUGAUUAAAUUUUACGAGUCAUUGGGUUAUGUUCUUAUACCAGGCAAUUCCAAUUCGAUGACAAUACGUUAUGAUGAAUCUCCAGCUGUUAAAAAUAAUUUGACAGCAUUCAAGCGGCCAACUCCCUUAGCUAAUACACCAACAGCUGUCAAUGUUGCCGCUGGUGUUACGGCCGAUGCUGGAGAUAAUUGCCAAACAGUGAGCCUUGAAUUUAACUCUUGACAAUUAGCCGCCAGUACUGCCACUAAAUCGAAACUAUAAAUUUUUGUUUUCUUUAGCAAACCAAGCAAACAAUUUAAAAGGGACAUGGCUUAAAGAUAUUGCUUUAUUGCCAAACAACCUAGUCCUUUUUUUCCUGUAAUAAUUAAAGAAAACAAAAAUUUAUGUUUAGAUUUCUCAAAGUCUUGUUAGAGAAGAUAUAUUUUCCAAUAUAUUUUCGGCUUUGAGGGCAGUUCUGGCACCCAGUAGUAGGUUGCUUGGCUUGUAGUUGAAGACAACGUCCAAGCAUUUCUAUUCCCAAGUGCUCAUGUACUUACAUUAAAUCGCUAUCACAUUCUUCCAAAUCUCUACAUUUGUUACAUGUUUUAAUCUGUUGUUUUUAUUUGUGUAUCUUUUUUCUUCUUUUGAUGCCUUCCGAAGGUAGUAUGUAUAUUGCCGUUUAAAAGUACAUUUAUCAAUUAAAAAUUAUAUACAAAAAUAUCUAUCUUUUAAUUUGCAAAAAUCUUUUGGAUUUGUCUUAAUAAAUGUUUACUGAAAAUAUAUAUAAAAAAUAA